AUGAAUCUACUCUCCCAUGUUCUCUUCCUAGUUGCAAGCGGUACUGCUGCCAACGCCUUCAUACUCAGUACCCCAUACCGGACACCCACUCCAACACUUCUGCCCCGCGACAACUCCCCGUCCACGACAGCCGCCCCAACGGGGUACUUCAUGACCACGAAGUACCAAACCAUCGAUGGUGUUACACAAGACCAUGUCACCAUCUCACCAGUAACGAUAACUCUUGUCAUCCCGACCUGCAUCCACACCACCACCCCAGAUAAAAACGGUUAUGUUCCUCCUGGGACCUGCGGUGCCUUAUAUAACUAUUACCCCAGCUUGGUAGGCGCGACCAUCACUGCUGCGGUGUUUGGAGUGUUAACUGGGCUGCAUAUUUGGCUGGCUGCAAAGUGGAAAGCAAAAUACUGUUGGGUUUUAAUCAUGGGUACAAUCUGGGAAACAUUGUCCUUCAUCUUCCGCUCCAUCUCAACGCGGAACCAGCAGAGUGUGGGAUUAGAGCUGAUGUCCAGUCUUUUCGUGCUUCUGGCACCGUUAUGGAUCAACGCCCACUGCUAUAUAACCUUGUCUCACCUCCUCUACACUGUCCACCCCACUCGAUCUAUCCUCCAUAUCCCUGCCCAAACUCUUUCCAUCAUCUUUGUAAUUCUUGAUUUUGCAUCCUUCGUCAUCCAGCUUAUAGGCGGGAGUUAUGCUUCCCCUACGGCCCCGGAGAAUACUGUUAUGAAGGGUAUUCAUAUAUAUAUGGGUGGUAUCGGGAUUCAGCAAUUUUUUAUAGUCCUGUUUAUUGGCUUAACAGUAAAGUUCCACAUAGAGAUGAUCGCAUUGGAGAAGACGUCAGCAGGUAAUAUCAUCGGCGGGAGAAGAGAUUGGAAAAAAUUACUCUAUGCCAUUUAUGCAAGUCUUUGCUUGGUUACUAUACGGAUAAUCUUCCGCUUCGUCCAAUACAACUCUGGCAAUGAUCCAGCUACGCACCCGCUCAUUGGACAAGAGGUAUAUCUUUAUAUAUUAGAGGCGCUGCCAAUGAUGGGAGCGGUUGCUUGUUUUAUUAUCGUGCAUCCAGGAGGCAUUGUUGAUGCCCAUAUGCCGGGAAUAUGGCAGGCUAUGAAACGCUCAUUGUGUGGAAGGAGAAGAGUAAAUAGGGGAAGACGAGAGGCGGUAGAGGAGGACAAUCAAGAAUUAACAACGGGGAAAUAUGUUGAGCUUGAAGGGAGUCCUUAUGGUAGACGUUGA